AUUUCGUCUAGCGUGGCCCGUGGGAAGCUGUCGAUCAACGCAUCCGAAUUCGGCAUCCCCACAUCGUACCACCCGCCGAAAAAGAGUCUCUUCAGUCUGACGACUCUGAUAUCACUCCUCUGACCCCACGCCCGUCCGCCCCACUCCCUCCUCUUCCCGCUCACAGCCAUGGGCGUCUCCACGUACCUUCUCCUCCUGCUCACCCACCCGCUCGAAUUCCGGACUCUGCUUCAGUACAAAAUCUGGUAUGAGCAAAAGCGCGACAUCACUGCGCAGAGGGAGCACAUCACGUCAGGGUGGGACCGAGCGAGCAUGCGGAGGUGUUGGGACUUCCUCGACAUGACGAGCCGGAGUUUCUCUUCCGUCAUCAAGGAACUGGAUGGGGACAUGGCGCGUGCAGUUUGCCUGUUCUACCUCGUGUUACGAGCGCUUGAUACCAUCGAGGACGACAUGACGAUUCCGGCCUCUGUCAAGGAACCGCUAUUGCUUGACUUCUACAAACGACGGGAAGCUUACGACGGAUCCGGUCCCAAGGAAAAGGACCGUCAACUCCUGGUCGAAUACGAUGUCGUCGUGGAGGAACUGGACCAUUUGGACGCGCCAUAUCGGGACGCCAUUCUCUCCAUCGCCCGCAAGAUGGGCAUGGGGAUGGCCGACUUCAUUGCGCGCGAGGCGAACGAGAAGGCCGACCCGUACCUCGAUUCCAUUGCGGAUUUUGACUUAUACUGUCAUUACGUUGCCGGUCUUGUCGGGGAGGGCCUUUCCGCCCUGUUCUCCGCAUCCGGGAAAGAGUCUCCCACGAUCAAGGACCAGCUCGAGCUGUCCAACUCCAUGGGUCUUCUGCUCCAGAAGACCAACAUCAUUCGCGACUACCGGGAGGAUGUGGAUGACAAGCGGUACUUCUGGCCGCGCGCGAUCUGGGGCGACGAAAAAUAUGGUGGUGGAUUCUCGACGAUGGAGGAAAUGCGUGCUCCUCCGCCCGGCACCGUAUGGGACUCGGCCACGCAACAACGAGCGCUGUGGGUCCAGAGCGCCAUGGUCCUGACGUCGCUCCGGCAUGCGACAGAUGCUCUGGACUACCUGCGCAUGCUCAAGAACCAGAGCAUCUUUAAUUUCUGUGCUAUCCCGGCUGUGAUGGCUCUGGCGACGCUCGAUCUAUGUUUUAUGAACCCGCGCAUGUUCCAGACAAAUAUCAAAAUCCGCAAAGCUGAGGCCGCCGGCCUGAUCAUGCGGGCGACCAACCCUCGCGAGGUGUCUAUCAUCUUCCGCGAGUAUGCCCGCAAGAUCCACGGCCGUGCUCUUCCUUCGGACCCCAAUUACCUCCGGCUCAGUGUCGCCUGUGGAAAGAUUGAACAGUGGUGUGAGCAUCACUACCCGUCGUUCGUUGUCUUGUCUGGUGGCGGGGGGUCCACGACCCAGUCGAUCAACGCUGAUGAUGCUCGCGGACGGACCUUCAACCAAUACAAGAAGGCGGAUGAGGUUCGAGACACCAAGCUUCGUGUCGAGAGGCUGCGUGCAGAGCUUGGAACGGGCGCCAGCACACGCCAACCGCCGGUGCAGGCCGCGCUGCCCGAGCUGCUGAUCCGCCCUCUUUAUCUGUCUAAAUCCCCUUCCACGCAUCCGAUGUCCCUCGCACCGCCGUUCACGGCAGCCACUGCACUCCAGAAAGUCAAAAACGCGCAGAACCUGUGGAACACGUGCGAUCCCGUCAAGGUCGCGCUAGCAUACACCCCGGACACGAUCUGGCGCAACCGCACCUCGUUCGUCCAGGGUCGGGAGCAAGUCGAGCAGUUCCUGACGGAGAAAUGGGCCAAAGAGCAUCGCUAUGUGCUCAGGAAGGAACUGUUUGCGUUCCAAGACAACAGGAUCGCCGUGCAGUUCUUCUAUGAAUGGAACGAGCGAUCGGACGGGACUGGGCAGUGGCACAGGACGUAUGGCCUGGAAGAUUGGACGUUCGAUCCCUCCGGACUGAUGCGCAAACGGAUGAUGUCGGGCAACGACCUCGCCAUCUCGGAUGAGGAGCGAUGGUUCAAGGACGGAGUGGACAUCGAGUCGGUGGAUAUCAGCGAGAAGCAUUUAUAA